AUGAUGAUCUUCGAGCCACUCGUGGGCCUCUUGGCUCUGGUGAAUGUAGUCAACGGCUACGUUCCACGACUACACGCAAAGCAUGCCCAUCCUAUCAACCGAUCCUCAUCUUCAGCCUCUUCGCCCCUUGUAAAACGAGACAGCGAUCCCAGCAAUAUGGAAUGGAUCAAGCGCUGGGCGGCUAUUGGUGACAGCUACACAGCCGGUAUCGGUGCCGGACGACCCAUGGGCCAUCAGAUUACCGCUGACGAGGUGGCUAUAAGAGUGCCUGAUGGCCUUGAGGAGAUUCGUGACAACUAUAAGUGCUCCCGAUACGAUAUGGCGUACCCUAAGGUUAUAGAAGCCCAGUUCGGCGCUCAUGUUCAGAAGGAUGGUGGAUUCCAAUACCUUGCCUGCAGCGGCGAUCGCUCUGAGCAGAUCUAUCAGCAGGCUCAAGCCUUAAAGGGCGAACUCGAUUUUGUCACCUUCACCGCCGGCGGAAACGACCUGUGUCUGGCGCAAAUCAUCGCGGACUGCAUCAUGUUGCCGUACUUCAAGAACAGCGCCUGCGAAACGGUUAUUGCCAAAGCCCAGGAGAACGUGAAGUCCAUCAUCAAAGACAACGUUAAGCAGAUUCUGGAAGCGCUUGAUGAGAAGAUGAACGACGACGGCAUCGUCGUCGUUAACGGCUACGCUCAAUUCUUUGACACGACCUCGGACAAUUGUGAUAAGCAAUCGUGGGACGUCUUCUGGUUCCUCCCAUUAGGUGCCUCAUAUCAGGCUCUUACGAUUUCUCGCCGUCAUACUUUCAAUCAGCUGGUCAUCGACAUCAACAGUUCCAUUAGAGAUGCCGUAAAUGAGGCCGCCGAAAGCGACAAGAUCUCAUACAAGGUCGGCUACGCUGAGUGGGAUCGUUGGGUCUCGAACGAAGUUGACGCCCGAAUGUGCUCGCCUAGCAGCAACGGCGAUUACCCGGACAGCAAUCAGCCGGACAUGCACUUCAUCAAGCCAGACACACACCCUUGGUUCAACUGGGCGAGUGAUGUUGAACGAGAUGAGCUACGCAAGCGUGAUAUGGAUCUUGAGCAUAUGCUGAGCUCAGCUAGGCUCUCUACCUCAGAGAGGCGUCAAGUCAAACGCCUCAAAGCCAUCAUGGAGGCCCGUGAUAGGAACCUUGAGCGCACCCUCUACGACUCAAUCCUCUACAAGUCACCCAAUCCCAAUGCUGCCGUCAGGCACAAGCUCAAUCCUCGAGACCCAUCACCACCAGGUUGCCCCGGGGAUGGCGGCGUUGACAUGACCUUUGGCAUGGGCAUGCCCGACCAUGUCGGACAGAACUUCCAUCCAAAUGAGGCUGGACACCUCACCAUAGCCUCCUUUGCCCUCGCCGAACUCAUGGAUCUACGCUCCAUCGUGUUAGGCGUCGACUCACCUGCCUGCACGGUCAAAGACGAAUUCACGUGUUUCUCGAGCACUGGCAGUAAGUACUACGUUAGUGGGAACAAAACCAACGAGAAUUACGAGGAAUUCUGCCAGGAGGUCGCAGACAAGCACCCAUCCAACACGAUCAACUGGAGUUACCCCAAGACCUACUUCGAGGGCACACCCGAGGAGCAUGAGUACAUCGUCACCUUAGGAAACGGCGUCUCGGCGUUCGACAAAGACCAGUGUGUCGAGUCAAUGAAGAAGCUCAUCAACUCCUGCGACACGUCUGACAACCCCAUGAACUGGAAGUGUGGCGGAAGAUACAUUCGCGAUGAAGGAGACUACAAGUACGAGCUUCAUCCUCGCCGCAACAACCGCCCUUGGCCUUGGCCACGCGCACCCUACGGCCGCUGCGAGGGCUGGUACAAGUUCGUACUUGGGCAGUAUACGGUCGAGGGUGCCGGCUUCUCUACCUGGGAUUACGGACAGAAGACCAUGCUGCCGAACAUGAACAGCUGCUAUGGACUCGGCACGACGGCGUGGAAGUUUGACUAUCACGAUAAUCCAGCCGACCACAACGGAUACGAGUGGAAGGCUACCUUCAAUACGCCAAUCUGGGUUCGAGCGCGCUGUUGGAACAAUAACAAAGUUGUCGAGGCCGCGAACGGAUGGACGGACGGCUGCAAGGGCAACGACUGA